AUGUCUGACACGGAGUCUCUUUUUCUCAAAGUCUUCAUGCGCGGCUUGAAAUCUUCUUCACCACUUAAUCGUGCUUCCUUACCUGCGGAUACAAAGAAUCCCAAGCUCAUUGCUCUCCUAACCCUAAGACAUUUGCUUGCCUACCCUCGACGUUUCUGCGAGGAGAGUGGCACCCUUGCAAUGUUGACCAUUUCUAUCUUUUUUUGGAUUCACGGUGGCCUCAGCGCUCUCGUCCAGCUGCUCUACUCGGACUACCUGAAGAUAUUCACAAAUGCCGUGGGCGCCUUACGCAACCUGACGUGUGGUGACAAUCAGCGCAUCAAGCAUGACAAAGACGUGCUUCGUUAUGUGGUAGAUAUGACGCAUAGAAGGGAUGAGGAAGACGCAGGAGAGGAUGAUGGUGGUGGGGCAAAUGAGCAGACAAGACUGUAUCAGAGACUGUCUCCUCUAGGCCUCGGAGAACUAGGCAUCGGGAUCUUCUAUUGGCGCUCGAUUGUUGCUGUGGUAGCAAAAUGUGACGCUGAGGUGGGGUGGGCACAAUCAUGGGGGUAA